AACUCUCUCCAAUAGGAAUCAUACAGCGACAAGCUCGCUCUAAAUGCGGACAUGGGUGUUUCUCCAGACAUGCAUUUCCACGCAUUUUUGUUCCUGGUUGUACAGUUUCGGCAGUGAACGCGGCGUGGAAGCAUCCACCCCAUAGCGUUUGGCUUUUUCGUGUCACUCUGACAACUUUGCGUGUCGAGGCGGGCACCACUUUUAUUUGGAAUAUUGCGCUUGAAUUUGCAGGAAUGGUUCACGGGAGCGCCCCGCGUCCUCCUGCCUUUAGGAAACAACUUCAAACGGGAUCUGAUCAUGCCUAGCAGUUUUAUUAUUUUUUAAAAGACUAAAGAGAAGAAAAAAAAUGAGCUUAUGAGCAACCACAAGGGCGGCGGAAUGGCUUCGAAAGAAAGGCUGUAUGAGCUGUGGAUGUUGUACUACACAAAGAAAGAUGUGGGCUAUCUGCAGCAGUGGCUUGAGGCGUUCGUGGCGUCCUUUGAGAGGCUCAUCGAUGUGCAGUCGCUGGAGCCUCGGAGGCUGGAGGAGUGCAGCUCGGAGGUGCCCUUGCUCCCCAGGGAGGUCUUGGUGUUCCUCAGCACCCAGCUGGGGGACAGCGUGCUCCACCUCUCCGGUGCCGCCGAGCAAAACAGCAGCACUCCGCACCCACUCCUCCUUAUUAAGUUUUUCAUCAUCGUCUGCAGGAACAUGGAGAACAUCGACACGGAGAAGACCCCUAGUUUUGUUUGCGAAAUGAUCAAGCUUUUGAAAUUGUGUUUGGACCAGUUAAAGAAGGGACAAGGGGAGACGUCGUCUCUGGAGCUGGUUGUGCAGUAUGGACUGGUGCUGUGUGAGAGUCUGUUUGAUCCGUAUCAGACAUGGAGGAGACGUCUGGCAGGGGAGGAGGUGAGCCUGCUGGAGAGGAACAAAUACAAGUUCUCCCCGCUGGCCUUGCCGGAGGAGCUGCCUGCUCUCUUCCAUGAAAGUCUUAAGGACAGCGAGAAGAUCCCAGAGCUCCUCACACUCAGACUGGUUCAUCUCCAGGGUGCUGUCAUCAGUGGAGGAAAGAAAAAUGGUCUUAGCUCCAUCAGCCCUGAGUCUGUCGAGGACCUGUUCUCUGUCCUGCGAGCGUGGUGUUGCAGAACCUCCUCUGAGCCCAAGGCCACCAGACUGCCGCGGCUGACUUUGCAGUGCCUGACGGCGAUGAUCCAUCUCCUGCACUCCAGCAGCCCUGUGGAGCGGCAGGUGGAGAUCAGGACCAUACUGGACAGCUACUUUCAGCUCCUGAACUGGAACCGGCCGCUAAGCAGUGAGCAGGAAGACAGGCAGAGCUGGGAGGACAGCCUGAUCUCCCUCCAGAGCCAAAUGCUCACUGCUGUUCCAGAGGUCCUGCAGUGCUCUGAUAGACCAGUCCUGCAGGCUGUCUUCCUCAACAACAACUGCUUUGAACACAUCCUCAGACUCAUUCAAAACAGCAAGCUCUUUCAGAGCAACAGGCAUAGGCCGGAGCGUGAGGUUGUGUGUGACCUCACUACGCAUUUACUCACUGAGGUCGAAGUGGACCAGGUUUUGGAGAAAGGACCAGACAGUAUUACAGUUCAUGCCUUGGGAGUCCUCACGGCUAUAAUGAGUAACUCACCAUCUGCUAAGGAGGUUUUCAAGGAAAGGAUUGGCUACUCCCAGCUGUUUGAUGUGCUGAAGAGUCAAGGUCAACCCACCAAAAGGCUGCUGCAGGAGCUGAUGAACAUGGCGGUGGAGGGUGAGCACGCCCAUGCUCAUCACCUUGGCAUUAGUAACGACCAGCCUUUGCUGCUGCUUCUUCAGUGGCUGCCUGACCUGUCGGGUCAGAGGGACCUCCAGCUGCUGGUGGCCCAGUGGCUGGCUACUGUGUGUGGUGGCUCCUUGUCUUGUCGUACGGUGGCUGUGGAAGCAGGCAUGGUUGGUGCCUUGCUGCAGGUGCUUUCCCAACCUCAGAAUCUAGACAGGCAGUGUGCAGACGCCCUGCUGGGCCUCCUGCAGAACCUGGGUUCCCUGUGUUUGAGGCCAGAGGAGCUGAAGAGUCUCCUGAGACUCCUCAGGGUGGAUCAGGACAAUGGUGCAGUGGUAGGGAAGAUGCACCCCUACUGCACUCGCGUCAUACGAGUGCUCUCUGCCAUGGCAGCCAGAGAAGGUCAGGACAAUGCCUUGCAAUAUUUUGAUCUCACGCCCCCCAUGGCAGGUAUCAUGGUGCCCACAGUGCAACGUUGGCCGGGCAGUGGCUUCGCUUUUCACGCAUGGCUCUGCCUCAACAUGGAGUUCUUCCCCUCAAACUCAGAGUUCUCCAAGACCCGUAAAGCUCCUGCCAACUCUGGCAUGGGAGGUCAGCAUGACAUGGGAAAGGGACCACGCAGGAAGCAGCUCUAUAGUUUCUUCACUGCGAGUGGAACUGGAAUGGAAGCCUUCUUCACCCUGGAGGGUGUGCUGGUGGUGGCCGUUUGCACUAAGAAAGACUACAUGGCUGUCGCUCUGCCAGAGCACCCGCUAGCUGACUCACGUUGGCAUUCAGUGGCAAUAGUUCACGUCCCAGGCCGUCGUCCUUUUGGUCAGAACGUGGUCACCAUCUACAUCGAUGGAGAGCAGUGUAAAACUGCUCAGCUUCGUUUUCCAUCUUUAAGUGAGCCUUUUACCUCGUGCUGCAUCGGCUCUGCAGGCCACCGGACCACUACCACCACCACCUCCCCAAACCUGACCACAUCCUUUUCCUCCAGUCCAUCACCGGAGUUUGCUUUCCCCACCCAUACACCCUCACUCUUCCGCUCACAGUCGUUCCCAGCCUCCUUUGCAGGAGGCCGCUGGGCACCUACGGGAGACUCCCCGGUGCACACCAUUCCAGCAGGACUGCAGGACACAGAGUGGGGGACACCCACAUCUCUGGAUGGGCUCCUGGCCACGGCCUUCAUCUGCCACGAGGCUCUGCAGCACACCCAGAUAAAAGUCCUACAUGCUGCUGGCCCUAAUCACGUGUCCUUAUUCAAAGCGGACGGAGAGUUAUCUGAUCUCAACGGCAGGCUUCUCUUCUACUACACUCCACAGGCGUUUAAGAGUCAGAUAUGUCUGGAUCUGGCCCCAAAUCACCAGUACGAUGGCAGGCUUACAGGACAUAGAGUAGUGAACUGGGACAUCAAGGAUGUUGUCAAUGUGGUCGGAGGUAUCGGAGUUUCACUGCCCCUGCUCGAACAGGUGUGUGAGGCAGAUCAUGUUUACAACGGCGGUCAGGAGAUCUCAGACUUGCUGGGGCCUGAGCUCACCUCCUCCAGAGGCCCCGCCGCCAUGCUGCUGCCUCUGAACAAAUCUGCAGAGGGCAGGCUAGAGAGAAACAGCAUUGCUGCCUUCCUGCUCAUGGUGAAGAACCUGAUUCGCCGCCACCCUGUCAAUCAGGAGAGCCUGCUGCACUGCCACGGGCCGAGCAUCAUAGGAGCCAUGCUCAGCAAAGUUCCAGGCAGUAUGAUGGACAUGAAUGUUUUAAUGGCGUGUCAGCUGCUGCUGGAGCAGGUUUUCGACGAAGGCAAUAGCCCACUUCUGCAGCAGCUCUACCAGCACCUGCUCUUUAAUUUUCGCAUCUGGACUAAAAGCCAUUUUGCUGUUUGUCUGGCACACGUGCAAUACCUGUCAUCCGUGAUAAAUAAAAGCAGGCAGCGCAUGAGGAGGAAGUAUGGGGUCCAAUACAUUCUGGACACCAUUCGGACGUACUACAGUACGGAGAAAGAUGGCAGCUCUCUGUCUGAUGAGAAGCAGACCAUCCAGAACUCUCUGUUUGCCCUGAUGAAAGAUUACCUCAAGUCUCCAACUCAAGAGGAGCUUCACAGCAUCCUCGCCUACAUUCUGACUGUGAGAGAGGAGCAGCAGGUGGUGAAAGCCUUGGAUGUGCUGUACGAGCUGCUGAGGAGCAGCCCUCCUCGCGAGCAGGUGCAGGCCGUGCUGCUGGAGUGGGGCGUGGAGCAGCUCUACAGCCUGCUGCUCACGCAGAGCUUUGGAGAUGAGGCCAGGGAGAGGGUGUUCAGGAUUUUGUACAAAAUCCUGAAGAGCGAGCGAGUGUCCGAGCGCAACAAGCAGCGCAUCAAGCUGAAGGAUUUCGGCUACCUUGGCCUGGUCUGUUCUCUCGAGGACAUCCCCGUAACCAUGACCACUGUGCGCUGUCUGUACGAGCAGGUCCUCGCUACAGAUGCCACGCCUAAUUUCAGAGACCUCUUGGCCGUGGUCUGUCUGUCCCAUCGGGCUGAACUCACCGUCCGACUGGACGUCUGUCGCAAGCUAUUUCAUCUGAUCUACUCUAACGAGGAUUAUGUGAAGCAGCUCGCCAAGCAGCCGGGAUGGCAGGAUGUUCUCACCAAGCUCUACGUGAAGGAGUCCUAUGAGUCCCAUGCUGCCAGCAUCGCAGGCUCCAGCAACCACAGCUCCUUUGAGCCAAGCUGCCGGCCGCCACUGCGCAGAGAGCAGUCCAUAGUCAUAGAGGACGCGCGCACGGACGUCUUCAUGAGCUACCGCACCUCGCAGGACAUAGAGGAUGAGGAAGAGGAGGAGGAGGAAGGCGGCCAGCAGGACAUAUCUGAGGGGUUCUCUGAAUUUUCCCAGUCGCCUCUCAGUGGAGGAGGGGGCCCUCUGAAAAACUUCUCGAGCUCCCUCCCUUUUAAGCCGUUUGAUUCAGUGGAUCAGGGGAGCCACUCGUCUUCCAUCUCCAAUGCGAUCGACAUCACCUCGCCUCGCCCUGAAGAAGAGGGACGAGACUACCAGCCGCUCUCCCCCUUCGGUACGCCCUUUGAUUUGGAGUUAGGGGGAUUGGGCGAGACUGGCGCACACACCCCCGCAGGUAGUCUGACCAACACACCGUCUCCUCUAGAGCAAUGCAAACCAUUCCCACCACUCCGACCCAGGAAGAGCUCUAGUUUGUCCAAUGUGCUGGAUGACACCAGCUACGGGACGGACCCUCCCACCGGAGACACAAUCUCCAAUACGUCCAACCCACAGCAGACCCCUGAGGAGGAGCUAUGCAACCUGCUAACCAACAUCGUGUUCUCCGUACUGUGGACCGGCAGCGGGGCAGAAGGGGCAGAAGACGUGGUGUGGAGAGAGAGGGGACAGGUGUUUUCUGUUCUCACCAAACUGGGUUCCUCCUGCCAGCUUGUCCGCCCUCCUGACGACAUCAAACGCAGUCUGCUGGAGAUGAUGCUGGAGUCGUCUCUAUCAGAUCUGAGGGACGCCCAGGGAGUGUCCCUGCCUUUCUGUCCCAGUCUGGUUCGACUCCUGAGGCUGCUGCAGGACUUUCUGUUUGCCGAGGGCACAGACAACUACGCACUGUGGAGUGAAAAGAUCUUUGAGGGGGUGGUGAACCUGCUGGACAGGUUAAAAGCCUGGCAUAGCACCCCUGGCAGCCCUGGGAACACCGAGCUGAAAGAAAUGGCCCAGAUCGGCCUGCGUAUCAUCACGGGAUACAUCCAGCAGAAGCACCCACAGGUGAGUGUGAUGGCCUACGUGAAGCUCCACAGCCUUCUCCAGACCGUGCUCUGCCUCAGCUGGGAGGAGGUGUGCUUCCUGCUGGGGCGGAUCGGUGCCCCCUUGUGGCCAGGAGGUGUAGUGGACAGUACCAACUGUGACCAUCCAGAGACUUUUUCCCAACUGGUGCCCAUUGUGCGCACCCUGCUCGACCAGCACGCCGACCCCAUCACCCUCCAGGGGCUCCUGCCAAACCUGCCCAUCACUAAUGGCAGCACCACCUUUGCCCAGGACCUGAAGGCUUAUUGUGACACCCUGGAGUGGCAGGGCUUUUACCAGCAGCAGGUCCGACCCACAAUGGAGCAGUACGAGCUCGACACCUUUGGGAGAAGCCACGACAUCAUGUCCAAUUUCUGGAACUCCUGUUUCGAUGAUCUGAUGAGCACAGCCUUCAGACGGGAGAAAGACAGAUCUGACAGCAAAUCUAAGUUUCAGGAGCUGGUAGUUGACCCCUACUCGAAGAGAGGUAGGACUGAGACCAUCAGGUAUCAAACGUGGCAGAAGCAGAACUCCAGCCAGCAGGGGGUGGUGUGGCAGCACUGGAAAGCCCUCCGCAGGCUCUUCACCUGCGAGAGAGGAGCAUGGGCCGACAGAAUUCAGCCAGAGGUGAAAUGGAAACUGUCCAGCGCUGAGACCUAUUCAAAGAUGCGUCUGAAACUUAUGCCCAACUAUAACUAUGAUCCCCACAGUGAGGCCAGUGCCUUAAGGGACAACAUGGGAGCUGAAAGCCCCCGUAGCGCCGAGCCCAUUCCGCUGGCUGUGGCUAAGGAAGCAAAAGUAAGCGACAUGGAGGAUGAUCAGUUAGGAGAAGAGGACGUGGUCUUUUUGGAUAACAAGGCGGAGGGGGAAGAUGAGAGCCAGAAAGAGAAACUGGUUCUGUCUGAAGAAUGCGAGCUCAUCACCAUUGUGGCGGUCGUCCCGGGUCGUCUGGAAGUCACCACGCAUCACCUCUACUUCUACGACGGCAGCAGUGAGAAGGAGGAGACCGAGGAGGGAAUCGGGUUUGACUUCAAGAGGCCUCUGUCUCAGCUCAGAGAAGUGCAUCUGAGGCGCUACAACCUGCGACGGUCUGCACUGGAGCUGUUCUUCAUUGACCAGGCUCACUACUUCAUCAACUUCAGGAAGAAGGUACGAAACAAAGUGUACUCCAGGAUUCUGGGGCUGCGGCCUCCAAACCUGUUUUACUUCGGCUCCCGCUCUCCCCAAGAGCUACUGAAGGCAUCUGGGCUCACGCAGAAAUGGGUGUACAGAGAAAUCUCCAAUUUUGAAUAUCUGAUGCAACUGAACACCAUAGCUGGACGCACUUACAACGACCUCUCCCAGUAUCCUGUGUUCCCCUGGAUCUUGUGUGACUACACCUCUCCUGUCCUCGAUCUGGAGGACCCCUCAGUUUUCAGAGACUUGUCCAAACCCAUAGGAGUGGUCAACCCGCGCCAUGCACAGAACGUCAGAGAAAAGUAUGAGAGCUUUGAGGACCCAGCGGGCACCAUUGACAAAUUCCACUAUGGCACACACUACUCUAAUGCAGCAGGAGUCAUGCACUACAUGAUCCGCAUGGAGCCAUUCACCACCCUGCAUAUCCAGCUGCAGAGUGGCAGGUUUGACUGUGCAGACAGACAGUUCCACUCGGUGGCAGCAGCCUGGCAGGCUCGCAUGGAGAGUCCAGCAGACGUCAAGGAGCUCAUACCAGAGUUCUUUUACUUCCCAGAAUUCCUGCAGAACAUGAACGGCUUUGACCUGGGACAUUUACAGAUAUCUCAGGAGCCAGUGGCGGACGUUGAGCUGCCCCGCUGGGCCACAUCAAGGGAGGACUUCAUCAGAAAACACAAGAAAGCCCUGGAAUGUGAGCAUGUGUCCAAUCACCUCCAUGAGUGGAUUGACCUGAUCUUUGGAUACAAGCAGAGAGGCGAAGACGCAGUGGACGCACUCAAUGUCUUCUACUAUUGCACUUAUGAGGGCGCAGUAGAUCUUGACGCAAUCGCCAAUGAGACUGAGCGCAAGGCCCUGGAAGGCAUCAUCAGCAACUUUGGGCAGACACCCUGUCAGCUCCUUAAGGAACCUCAUCCACCCCGCAUGUCAGCUGAGAACGCAGCUAGGCGGCAGGCCCGCCUGGACACUCUGCCCCCGAAUAUCUUUGAGCAGCUCAAAAAGCUUCGACCGUUUGUGGAGGUGGUAAGUGAUGGCCUUUCCCUGGUCCAAGCCGUGGUACCGAAGAACCAGAAUCACUCCAUCAUCCACGGCUCUGAUACACUGGUGACUGUGAGUUCCAAUGGUUUGAUCGGGACACACAGCUGGCUGCCGUACGACAAAAACAUCGCCAACUACUUCACCUUCACUAAAGACCCCACAAUGACUAAUCCCAAGACUCAGCGCUUCUUGAGCGGACCUUUCUCUCCCGGAGUGGACCUCAGUGCUCAGGUGCUGGUGGUGUCCAACGACGGUCGCCUGCUGUUCAGCGGGGGACACUGGGACUGCAGUCUCCGUGUCACGCAGCUGGGGAAGGGCAAGCUGGUGGGCAGGAUCUGCCGGCACAUCGACGUCGUUACUUGCCUGGCUCUGGAUCUCUGUGGCAUCUACCUCAUCUCUGGUUCGAGGGACACAUCCUGCAUAGUGUGGCAGGUUUUACAGCAGGGUGGCUUCUCCAGUGGUCUCUCGCCUCGGCCAGUGCAGGUUCUCUGCGGACAUGAUCAGGAGGUCACCUGCGUGGCCAUCAGCACUGAACUGGACAUGGCUCUCUCAGGGUCCAAGGAUGGAACUGUGAUCGUGCACACGGUCCGCCGAGGCCAGUUCCUGCGAACGCUGCGGCCCCCUGGCGAUAGCUUCGUACCCGCCCAGAUCUCCGAGCUCCAGGUGGGCAUGGAAGGCCACAUUGUGGUGCAGACGUCUCUGGAGAAACGCUCCAACAGGAAGGGGAAGUACUCCAUUUAUGUUUACUCAGUGAACGGCUGCCUGCUGUCCUCUUUCGACAUGGAAGAGCAGGUGACUGCGCUCCACCUGGUGUCUGAAUACGUCAUCCUGGGGACCAUGCAGGGCAGCCUCCACAUCCGAGAUUUAUGCAGCCUGGAUGCUUUGGUAACGCCCCUGGCCUUGAGGGUUCCUGUGAGGAGUGUGUCUGUCACCAAAGAGCACAGCCACAUCCUGGCGGGACUGGAGAACGGGAAGUUAAUUGUGGUGGGGGCAGGGAAGCCAGAGGAGGUUCGCUCAGGACAAUUCUCCCGUCGCCUGUGGGGCUCCACACGCCGUAUCUCUCAGGUGUCAUCGGGCGAAACUGAAUACAAUCCCAACGAGAAUGCUGGCAAAUGAGGGUGACUCAGAGGACUGUGUAGGUUGCAGACGCUCACCAGACUCAUCAAGGCCUCCAAGCUGGGAAACUCCACUCCCCAGCCUCCGAUCUCUCAGAGAGAGCAAUUAUACACUGAGCACUUUUUUUUAUUCUUAAAUGAUUAUAUAUAUAUAUAUAUAUAUAUAUUUUUUUUUUUUUUUUGCGUAUUUCAUUUACCAUUGUACUGUUUUUAAUCAGCAUCAUUCCAAAGAGUGUCCUUGUUUUGUAUAUGGAGAAGAGCUCUGUGUUUGAGGUUGUGAACUGCUGUUGGACUCUGUGUACUCAUAUUUCAGGGGAAUGACUCACUCUGAUGCACACUCAGCCUCAGACACAGAGACAAGCAAUGCUGUGAACCCCCCGAGGUCCAUAUUUUUGGCUCCUUUAUUGUCAGAGGCACAGCUUCCUUUCCUGAACUGCUGAAUGUCCCGAAGCCAUGUUUUUGAUGAUGGCAUCUCCUUAAAACUCCUGGAAACUUGAAAAACUACAGUUCACGUUGCUCGAGAUUUCCAUAUUGCAAUACUGGCGAGUACCACAAGAGGGUUGACUUUGUAAAGAAAAAAAAAAAAGGGUAAUAUUGAACCUAUGCUGUGUUAUGAUUUGUGGUGGAUGACAGAUUCUUAUCGUAAUGCGCCACAGCGCCACCGUUUGUAAUUCUGCGUUCAUUUAGGUUCAGAGCAAUGUAAAGCUGUUACAAUUAAAGCAGCAGCUGCUUUAAUGGGUAAGUAUGUGAAAUAUGUUCACUCUUUUAAUCAUGGACGUGGAGCUUUGAUGCAAUGAUACUCAAAAGUAGAGUCCUCUGUUGCCUUACACACAUGAGAGGAAAGGUCUUUCUAAACGCCGCUGUAAUAGUUUUAUUAUUGUUCUGCUCACCACAUGUCUGCGUACCAUUUUAUUUGAUCUGAAAAGUGCCUCUUUUUUUAAUGUCCUAUGUCUUGUAUAAACACUGAAUUCCAAUCAUUAAUUUACAUGUAGGAUAGCUAUAUGUUGGAUCGUCAUCUGUGCAGACUUGAUUCGAACGCACCUUUCUUCUCCGCUGUGACUCAGACGUGGAUGGGGAGUUGUUAAUGAUGUCUGUAAACUGUUGGCUGGCUGAACGUACUUGCCUGUACUGGUAUUGUAGAGAACAUCUGAAGACACGAUGACUCUGAGCACAUGAGCAGAAAGUGUGUGAGCGAGCUUUAGAGGAAUUUACUUCCUGCCUUUUUCUUCUUUUUUUUUCUUUUUUUACUGUGGUUGGAACAAAGUAGUUGUUAUACAGUCUCAUGAUGGGAGAGAGACAAAGGGAACUAUUUGGGGGAAUGCAAUACCCGUAACACAUUGCACACAUAUUAAUGACCUAGUCUUUGUCAGUGACGCUCUGAAUAAAUGUAAGCAGAUGAAAAGGAAACUAUUUUUGACAUGUUUACUUAUAGUUUUGCCUUUCCACACUGGAAAUACACAAAUAAAGAGGCCAUCGGGGCUGCUUAAAGUCACAUUUUAUACAAAUGGAUUGUGUGAAUAAAAUUCUAAAUUGUCUGCAACUAAGACAGUCUGUGAAUAUAAAGGGUCGUCUGCUUGCAUUUAUAUUCAACUGGUUUUGUGCAAACUGAUAUUGGUUUCUGUAACACUGAGAAUGUUGUAUUUCGCUGAACUGUGCAGUCAUGCAUAGAAUUUAAGAUCAUCUUUACACUCCUCCGUCAAAAAAAAAAAUAUAUAUGUUUAACUCUUGCUGCGUGUAAUGAAUUGGUUGUUUAAAAAUGUCCUGAUUUAUUAACUUUAUUCUACAGAAGGCCUUGUGUGAAGGCCGGCAGCACUGCCUUGAAUUUGGACUUGAUCCAUUUCUCUUUAACUAAAAACUGUUAUUUUCGCAUUUGAGCUCUUGAGAAUGUUAAAAACUGUAAAAGAUCAGGCCGUGUUUCUUGUGAGUUAAAGACGUCAGUGGGAAAUAA